AUGGACGCAUUCUCCGCUCCCAGGCCCUCAGCCAGCUUUCUAGCAAUCUGGCUGCCGGUCACAUCAAGAGCGAAUCUGGACGGCCGACAGCCCUGGUCAGCCACCGUCCCACCAUCACCUAGGCUUCCUUUGCCCCGCCCCAAUCACGACGAUUCAUUCUCCCGCCCUCCCUCGCUACGGCAGGCCAUUGGAGGCAAGAGUACUGUUGCCGUUGGCACUGCCUUUGGCCUGGUUCUUAUCUAUGAGCAACAGGUCUGCUCCCCGCGAUCUCUGGCCGGCGCCCUGUCAGCCCUUUUCGACCCGCCACCUCACGUUUGUGGCGGCAUACAGACCCUGCAACGCAUGCUUGGCAACCUCGAGUCGACGAUGCGCUCCGCUGUCACCGCCAUCGAUCUCGACGUGGAAGAAUCUCGCGUCAUCUGCGGUUACGAGAAUGGUGUCAUUGUUCGCUGGGACCUCGUCUCUGGCAAGCCACUCAACAACAUUGAAAAGGUUUACAACAGCGAUCGUCGCCUCGCCGUGUCGCUGAGCGCCGAGGGCUCGGCCUAUUCCCAUGGGUUCAAAAAAGUCAUGGGUGUCCGUGUUGUCGACAAUCACUGCAUUCUGUCUUCCGAUCAAGUCAAAUGCUGCACACUUGCGGCUCUCAAGGUCCCUGAAGGCAUGAGCUCGCCCGAAAACGUGAUUGUUGCUCUCGGCUCGGCCAGCAAGGUCUUCGUUGUACGCCUCAAACCCUCCAUGCAUGUCCUGGCCACGCUGACCGCGAGCAACGAUGAUGGCAUGGGCCUCGCCCUCUUGGACUGGACCUGGACCGAGGUGCGCUUUGACAACCGGACGCAAGUGCAGCCCAUUCUCACCUACUCGUGGGGUCGCAAGGUCAAUCUCCUCAAUGUGGGCAUGACGUCCACAACCCCGGGGGACAGUGAUCUGGCCUGUGUCCCACUGGGUGCUGUUCAUAACAACCGUGUCGGCCUGACCAUGGUUCGAUGGCUCAACAGCCGCAUCAUUCUAGCCAUGGACCGCAAUGAGCACGUGCUCGUCAUUGACGCACGUGUAGCCCAAGUCGUUGACGUGCUGGACAUGGCACCAGCCAAACUGGUCUUCAACCGACACUUUGCCAAGCGCCACAUGCAAGAAGGCAUGCGCGACUACACCUCGGCCCUGGCUGCUGGCUCUGAAGUGCUGAUGGCUCUUGGCAGCGACGCCGUGCGCGUCAUUCGUGUGGCUACCUGGACGGAUCGUCUCUUGUACCUGGUCAAUAGCAAGGCGUUCCGCGCCGCCAUUGAACUGGGUCUUGCCUUUUUCAACAACAAGGCCCUUGUGCCAUAUGGCCUGAGCUCUGACGAUGAAGUCCGCAAAUCUCGCGUGCGCGAUCAGAUGCGCCACAUCCUCGAAGCGCCCGAGCCAGCUGCCCCGCCUGCCCAACCAUCAGCCACGCCAGCAGAACCCAAGGCAGAGCCAAAGCAGCCCGACCAGGCCCUGCUUGUUCGUCGCAAGUUUUUUCGACAAAUGUCACGUGUGCUCACGCAAGCCUCCUUCCAGCUGGGUCUCACGCAUUCUUUUGUGCAUCCCAAUACCCACAUCAAACUCACCGAUCGUGGCUCUCACCCCCGCCGUCUCAGUGAUUUUCUCAUGAGCACUUUGUUCGACAAGUUGCUUGAGCACCCAACCGCAUUGGCUUGUUUCCUGGAGGAGCUGCGCCCGUUGAUUCUGAAUGACACCAUCACAAGUUUGCCGCCCGUGGUCAUGCAGGCCUUUGUUGCCCACUUUAAAAAACUCAACAAGCCAAAGAUUGUGGAGGAGUGCAUUUUGCACAUGGACGUUUCAACCAUGGAUAUUAACGAGCUCACCAAGCUGUGCUGGAGCUACCGCCUGUUCGAUGCCAUGAUCUACAUUUACAACAAUGGGCUUGACGAUUACAUCUUCCCGCUGACUGAGUUUAUGUCGCGGCUGCGUGCCAGCGUCAAGAGCCGCGCAAGCACCAUGGGUAGUGGUGAUGUGGCUGACCUCCUCAGCCCGCAGGAUCAGACUCUUGGCAACAAGCUCCUUGUAUACUUGAGCUAUUGUCUAGCUGGCCGUGCUUACCCGCGCGGUGAACUUCCUCCGUACGUCGUGUAUCUUGAUGUUUGGGCCGCAUACCGUCUGUCUGGCCCUUCCGUGUAUGGCUUGAUUUUCAAGCUCUCUCUUUCUCUUUCUCUCCUCUCUCUCCUCUCUUUCACUCUUAUUUUGUGGCGCCAUCUCUGGCUCGUGUACGACAAAUUUGGCCCCUUCAGACACAAGGUCAACAAGGUCCGCGUGAACAUGUACCGCCGCUUUUUAUUGCUUCAACACGAUCCAUCUGGUGCCAUCAAGGAGACGUACCCCAACUUGCGCACCCUCCUGCGCUUCAAUACGCGAGAAGUGCUCAACGUGCUCUCGCUAGCAUUUGACGAUUUGCAAGUGAUCUUGGAACAAGGCGAUGAAGAGGCUGUCAACGGACUGCCUUCCCCGCAGCAUGUCAUCGAUACGCUUGAGCACGUCAUGAGUAAGGACCCGGCUUCUUUCAACGCCCAGCAGCUUUGCAAUUUGUACACCUUUAUUGCUCGCCAGUUUGCUCGCGGACGAGGCGUGUCACGGCUUCAAGCCGAUCGACUCUUGUCCGUCGUCGAGCGACUCACAGAUACGCGCGACGAGACGCAGAAGGAUGAACGUGAACAGGCACUUCUAGAGCUACUCUCGGCAACGGGGCUCGAGGCGUUUCGCAAAGACCAGCUUUUGGUCCAGGCCGAGCAGGCGCACUUUUGGGAAGUGUGCAAGGUUGUGCUUGAAAGCCAACGCCGUUUUGCCGAUGUCAUUCCCUGCCUGCUCAAUGAUCAGAUUAAGAAGCAGCAAGCGUUUCGCUACGCGCAUCAAAAGUUGCGCAUCAUCUCCGGCCAAGAGCGCCAGGACAUGGUGGAUGCUGUCAUCCGCCUCUUUCCCAAGCUGGUGGCCACCUCAGCCCGUGAGGCCGCUCGGCUUGUGAUUGAGGACUUUGAGCCCAUCUUACCCCAACUGAUGCGUCUUCUUCAAAAGACGCCAAAGUUGCACUACGCUUUUUUGCUUCACUACAGCAAAGCCAAGAGCGAAGAAGAGGAAGACAAAACCAGUCGCGAAGUUAUAGAGCAGCUCAUUGAGCUCAUGUGUCAGCUGGAGCCUGCCCGUGUGUACAAGUUUCUGCAAACCACCAACAACUAUCGCGUCGACGACGUACUUGCACUAUGCAAGCAGUAUCGCCUGCCCGAUGCCACGUGCUGGUUGUACGAGGUUAAGGAACAGUACACAGAGGCGUUUCAACUCAUCAAGGCUGGUGUUUUGCAACGGCUGCAAGCCAUGAACCAGGCUUUUGAAGCAUAUGAUAAGGAACAUGGAGCGAGUGGGUUGCCCGAGGGCACGGCGGACCCCCGCGUGGAAAGCAUCAAGGCCAUGCGGGCCAUGAUGCGAGUGGCUUUGGAUAUGGUGUCUCGCAGCUCGGCCAAAUUGGAAAACUCGGAAGAGCGACAGGCGCUGUGGUGCCCUCUCCUGGACAUGUUGAUUGAGGUCCACGGCAAAAUGAAAGGCGUGCUGAAGCACACCAUUCAGGAUCAUCGCCAAGUGAUUCAGGAUACCAUCAAACAAGUGGUGGCGGUGAUGAUCAGCCAUGUGGCACCCCCCAUCAUUUUGCACCGGAUUAUCCGAGAUAACGACAUGGCCGAGCGCUUCCGAGAUAUCAAGGAUCUUGUCAUGGGCAUGCUGGACACGUACAUUUAUGAGAAAACUCUUUUGGGCACGACGGUCAAGAUUAUCGGCAAUGAUAUUGACAUCAUGGCCCAUCACCGCUUUCACAGCAUGCGCGACGCCUUUUCUUCGCAGUGGCGUUGCCCGUUUUGUUCGCAACCCUUGUACGGCGGACACCUUGGGGCAACGGAAAUUGUCAUGACCCGUACCGGCGCCUCCGCCCAUCGAUCGUGUCAUGACGAGGCCUUGGGCCAAUCCCGCCACCAGCGGGGCCGCCGUGCCGCGCGUGUGGUGGAGCCGCGGCUGUCGAGCGUGAGCUCAGGAGAGGCUACAGCAGAAGCGUCUUCGACAAAGACCCAGACGGUUGAAGAGCAGGUUGAAGAUCGAGCUGCACGAUACCUCGAGCACACACGGGCACAAACAGACGGUUUGCUCGUCGAUCUGCUGGAUCGUUUGGAAGACAGCUUGUACGAAGAGACACCUCGUCCCAAACUUGGUUUGCUGAGCGGCCCCGAGUACGAGCUUCAGCUCGCCGCGCCCCGCACCAAGCGGACAGCCCCUUCUAGCGGCGUGUGCAUGCCCACGGUACCCCAAACGCGAGGCAAGGUUCGCAUGGGCUUUUAGAGAAAUACUUUACACUUACCAACGUACACGUAAUGGGUUUUUUGUGUGGUUGCAUCGUCCAACACUGGGUCGAGCAGAAUGGCAACAACACGUGAAUUGAAUGAUUACAU